GUUGGUGUAAGUGUUUGUUAAAGUGUUAAAUGUCACAGAUGUCACUUUCAUUCUCAUUUGUUAUGGAAAAUUUGUAAGUCACGAAAUAUUAUAAAAAUACAUCAUCUAUAUUAUACAUUGUUAAAGUACAUGAACAUCUAAAAACAUCCAUGGAAUUUUUUUUAAAUAUAAGGUAACUUGAAAAGGUGAUAAAGGACUUCACAGUUAAAAUGUACGCAGUGUUAAGAACUUGCCACAUUAAAUGUGCUCGAUCAAGAAUUAUUGAAAAUUGUAAAAAACAUCAAUUGAAAAAACGUUGUAUAUGUUAUAUUGAUAGCCUCUCUUCAAAUAGUAUAAUUGAUUCAAAACGUCUUUAUUCAAUAAGGUCUUACCCGAAUUUAACUUACCCCAAUCGAACAUUGCUAGUAAAUAAUGAUCCCAAAUGGAAAUUUGAUUUCUAUCGCCAGAUUUCACUUACCAGUAUUAAUUUUGAAAAAGAACCCUUAAAACCAUCUUCAAAAGUAGAAGAAACUGUUCAGGAGCUUAAAAAGAAACAAGAAGAAGAUCAACAGAUAAAAACUAAAGAUUUAACGCCUGUGGUUAAGAAGAAACCUUUAUCAACAAGAAUUUGGGAUGAAAUAGUUCAUUACUAUCAUGGCUUUAGACUUUUGUUUAUUGAUGUGAAAAUCUCUUCAGGUCUAGUAUGGAGAGUAUUAAAUGGCAAAACACUCUCAAGGAGAGAAUAUAGGCUCUUAACUCGAACUGUUGGAGAUCUCUUUCGUUUAGUUCCAUUUUCCGUUUUCAUUAUAGUACCUUUCAUGGAAUUUCUAUUACCUUUCUUUAUUAAAUUCUUUCCUGGGAUGCUGCCAUCUACAUUCCAAACAACUUCAGAAAAAGAGGAUAAAAUUAAACAGAGAUUGAAGGUUCAACUGGAAAUGGCUAAGUUCUUACAAGGGACAUUAGACAAUAUGGCUGUGCAACAUAAAGAAAGGUAUUCUAAUGAGGCUAAAGAUUUUGUUGACUGGUUCCAAAAAAUUAGAACUUCAGGUGAAUACGUUAAAUCUGAAGAUAUAAUGAAGUUUUCAAAGUUAUUUCAAGAUGAAAUAACAUUAGAUUCUUUGUCUAGAAGUCAACUCAUUGCUCUAUGUAGAGUUUUGGAAGUUCAAACUUUAGGGACAAAUAAUUUUCUUCGUUUUCAACUUAGAAUGAAAUUACGAUCCUUAGCAGCUGAUGAUAAAAUGAUACAAAAAGAAGGUGUACAUAGUUUGACAUUAGCAGAAGUUCAGCAAGCUUGCAGAGCAAGAGGCAUGAGAGCGUAUGGAUUAAGCGAAGAAAGAUUAAGGGCACAAUUAGAGCAAUGGUUAGACUUAAGUUUAAAUAAGAAACUUCCUCCUUCCCUUUUAUUGUUAUCUAGAGCGUUAAUGCUGCCAGAAACCAUUCCUACUAGUGAUAAACUUAAAGCUACUAUAUCAGCUCUACCAGAAACCAUUGUAAAGCAAACACAAGCUGCUAUUGGGGAAAAAGAGGGUAAAAUUGAUAAUAGAGUUAGAGCGGAAAUUAUUAAAGAGGAAGAAAAGAAAAUUAGAGAAGAAAGAGAGGAAAGGAGAGAAGAAAAGAAGAAACAGAUGGAAAAAGAAAAAGAACUUCUUGUGGACAAAGCACCUGUUUUGUCAACAUCAACUACACCACUACUUGAGAACACUGCAUUAAGGAUAGAUACGAAGAAAAAAGAAAAAAUCGAAAAGAAAAGUGAAAACCUUCAAUCCAAAGACUUCGAGAUUAUCGAGACCGCUAUCGAUACUGUCUCGCAAGAAAAGAAAUUUAUUGUUGAAAAGGAAGAAAUUCAAGAACUAAAAUCUGAGAUGGAGGACUACAAACAAGAUGUUGAAGAUUUGGCAAAAUGUGUUGCGGAACAACCCGAAGCAAAAAUUAAAGAAACUAAAGCUGCCAAACGACUCUUCAAGAGUGUUAAUAAGAUGAUUAAUAAAUUGGACUCUGUAUUAGUCGACUUAGAAAAACGAGAAAAACAGUUGAAAAAAGAUUUAGAAAUCGAAGUUACCGAUAAAAAGAAGGAAGAAUUAUUGAAAAUUGAUGAUAUCAUAGCUGUCAUACAUAAAAUUAAAGACGUGCCCGACCAAAGUAAAAUUGAACAAAUUAAAAAUGUUCUGAAGAGGAUGGACGAUGAUAAGGAUGGUUCGAUAAAAGUAGAAGACGUUUUAAAGGUAAUUGAAAUAAUAGGCAAAGAAAAUGUGAAUCUUAGUCCAAAACAAAUUGAUGAAUUAGUAGAUCUAAUCGAUAAAGAAGAAAUCCUCGAAGUAGAAGACAAAAUCGAAAAAGCUCUCCAAAAAGACAAAGAAUCGAAAUCUGCGAAAAAAAAGGAAUCCGACAAUUCUGAAAAAAAUGAUAAUGCCCCAAAAUCACUCCCAGACCCUUCAAAAUCGAAAAUGGAAUCACAAUCUGUAACAUUUCCUCAACAAUCCGGUAUUGGUAAAUCGAAGAGCGAUUCCCAAAAGCUUUAAUAAAAGUUUAGUUGUUAUUUUAGUUAAUUUUGUUAUUGUACCUAACUAAUACACUUGUGACAAGGAGCUUAAAUUAUUUCUAUUGUAUACAAUUUGUAUAACCAGGCGUAAAAAAUCCAAAAAACUGCUUUUUUGAAUAGCAUUGUGAUUUUAGUACAUGUAUUAACUUAAUACUGUAUAUUUGUCUGGAUGUAAAAGGGUGUGAUAUUAAACGUACAUUUUUAA